AUGACUCAGCUGAGAUAUACAAAGCAGAUAUACAAAGAUAUGAUGUUUGGAGGGUCAUAUCCCCUUGUCUCUUUGUUGAGUCAGUGGCCCUCGACCUCCAUGGACUCAGCACGUGUUGGGGACAGCUGUUGCAACAUCAGCAGAACCAUACUCACUCGGGCUCCCCUUCCAGAUGACUACACGCGAGUGGUGGUGAGCAGUUUCCCGGGGGUUCCAGGCAGCGACUACAUCAAUGGGAACUACAUCCGAGGGGCCAGCGGGUCCAGGGCAUAUAUUGCCUCCCAGGGCCCGCUGCCCCACACCACGGCCGACUUCUGGAGGAUGGUGGUGGAGUGUGAGGUCCAGGUCAUCAUUAUGGCCUCCAACGAGACGGAGGGUGGAAAGCACAAGUGUGAAUGUUAUUGGGUAAACACUACAAAUGAGGAGAGGCAGUUUGGGAAUGUCACGGUUUCCUUUGUGAAGGCCAGGCAAGUGUGUCCAGACUUCAUGGUUCGAACACUCAAGAUCAAAUACCCCACAGACUCCGGCAAGACAGAAGAACGAACAAUCUGUCAGUUCCACUAUGUACUCUGGCCUGAUCAUGGAGUUCCAGAGACUGUCCGACCACUGCUGGACAUGGUGCGGUUGGUGAGAGACUGUCAAGCUUCGGAGACAUUGCCUGUUCUUGUUCAUUGUUCAGCUGGCUGUGGCAGAACAGGAACAAUUUGUGCAAUUGACUAUGUGUGGGGUCUUCUGAGAGCUGGGCGUUUGACAGAAAAUCUGAACCUCUUCGGCCUUGUAAAGGAGAUGCGUAGACAGCGUGUUGCUAUGGUGCAAACAAGGGAACAGUACAUUCUCUUGCACAGAGCAGUCCGAGAACUUUUCAAGGAAAGAUUGAAGGUUAUAGAUGCUCACCCAUAUGAAAAUAUAGCAACUGAUGGUACACCUCUAAUUUUAAGAGAAAAGGAGAGUGACUAUGAGGAACUCUAUGUGAAACCUGAGAAGCAAGAUGAAAGUGCCAAACCAACCCCACCAACAACAGCCCCAAGUGCCGUAUCCACUCCAACUGGCUCUCUCACUCGGUAUUCUAAUACAAGAGGAAAUAAUGAUUACCUGGCAUCGAGUUCACCCAUAAAUAGCUUAGAGAGGCCGGUGGCUCCUGUUCCUCCACUCCCUCUGAAACUCUGCAAGCCUCCCCCAGUUACUUCAUGCGUGUCACCGCACUCCUCACCUAGCCCCCACAUUUCACCCAUCCCGCAGCCAUCCACCAUCCAAAAUCACUGUUCACCGGUCCCUCAACCAUCCCCUGUAUCACUUCCUACCGCUAACCAGGCUUAUCGUAGCUACUCUGCUUCUCCAUCUCUACCUGUGGUUACAAGCACUCUCCAGCCUGUAGUUACUGUCACAAGUUCCAGUUGCUCACCAGGAGGAUCUCAUCUGUUCUCACAGUUAUCACCCAACCCUUUCCAAGUCACUCCAUCCAAUAGUAAGGCUGGGAUUCACCCAACUUCAAAAUUAGAAAAGGAUGCAGAAAAUGCGGCUCACAAACGGCAAGUUGCACAACCCUCUGGUUCCUCCCCUGCUGGUGGAGUUACACAGAGAACCAUGCAAACUCCUAGUGUAUCAGGAAGCCCACAGCCUUUAUCCUCAGUUGCCACACCUUCAAAUACACCAAACCAUACCCCAACACCACUUCAUAGCCUGAGUAUGUCACAAUCUGCACAUCAUUUGAAUCCAGUCCCUCCAAUUCGAAGUAGGACACCUUCUCCAGGGAUGACAUAUGGAAGAUCCUUAGAAGAAGGGAAGCACAGUGUAGUUGAUAACACCCACAUUAGUCAGGACACUAGCACUAAGAGCACUGAAAUUGUAAGACGACCAAGCAUAGCAGAGCUCAAGGAAUUGUUUGAAAAAGCAGGAGAUGCUGAAACUCCAGGAGUGAGACUGUCUCGCAGUGCAAGCAGUGUAACAUCAAGAACUAGCCUGAGCAUUCAUCCAGAUGCAGAUGGAGGCUUUCGCAUUAAGAGAAAGAGCAGUUUAGGGGCUGAAGAAACUUUGCAGUCAAAGAAAGCAUAUGAGAUGUUAGAAAGAUCACGCCAUCUUAACAUCUGCCCUCCUCCACCACAUGAGUCUUCGAAAGCUGCAGCUGUAUCAACAGCACCUGUGACUGUUGUAAGUGCUGCCAAACCACCUUCUAGUCCUGUGUACACCAGCCCCUUAUCACGAAGGAGAGGAACCCACAACCUAAAUGACUCCCAAGAUGAUAAUUCUCAUUCAGCUUUGUUGGCUCGAGUUGAUGACAGACCUGCUUUACCUGUUAAAAAGAGCAAGUCAUUUAGAUAUGCUCGGCCUGUAGACUCGUCCACAAAUACCAUAGCUUCUACAAGAAGUCCAGAACUAACAAGGAAGAAAGCAGAUAUCAACACCUAUUUUAGCUUAGACAGAGGGAAAGGAGACAGCUUUUCACUCAAUAAGUCAGAAAGUGGCAGUGUUAAUUUCAUAGGAGAUAUUCCAUCACCAAGAGAAGGAUUCAAACUAUCAGUCUAUCAGAUGCCAAAUACAUCACAGGCAUCAAAGCCUGGUGUAAGCAGUAAUGAAACUAAAGAUCAAACUAUCCCUGAAAUAAAAUUGGACCAGAAGCCACAGAUACCGCCCAAGAAAAUCAUUGGUGAACGCUUUCGUAAUGCUCGUCCUCCAGAUUCUCUGUAUAUCAGUGCACCUCAGCCAUAUACUCCAAUCAAUACGUUCCAAGGUACAGGUACCCCGCAUACUCCACAGUCUGCACCGCCAGUCAUCUCAUCAACACAAAAUGGUUCACCAUUUUGGAAUCGUAAUCAAGUGGAUAGGUCAAUUUAUGACUGUCCAAAAGAACUACAAGCAACUUUGGGACAUAACAAUGAUAGUGUGCCAUCUACUUCAGUGGCAACAUCCAUUACAAACAGCCAAAAUCUGUAUUCAUCCCAAACAGCAGAUAACAGAAUGCACACAAGUAUCACUGGCCACACAUUAGCUACUCUUCCUAAACCAUCUCCAAACACAGAGCUCUCUCAAGAGACUUCAGGUGCAAAGGAGUACGUUAAUGCAAGGGUAGUAAGAAAUCCCAACACGGACACAAAAGAACCAUCAAGAUAUGUAUAUGUUCCUCUUCCAACCAAAAGAGGAUCUCGAGAUAAUAAGGCACCACAUGAAUAUGCAAACUGCACAUUGAGUGCACAGUCGGAUUCUGUGGAGGGGGAAGAUCCUACAGAGAUAUAUAUGGACUCGCAAAUUGUGAAGAAAGGAGCACCUGGUAAAUUCCCUGUAUAUGAUGAAGUAAUUCCUACAGCACAGUCAAAGACUGAAAGUUCUAUCAAUAAGUCUACUUCUAAAGAAAACGUAUCUCUCCCCAUGUCUACUUCAGCAUCACCAGGAUCACUUGGCACUCCAGGCUCAGCCACUACCCCAGGAUCUGCAGACUAUGAGGUCAUGGACUUUGGUGAAACAAGUACUAGUGUUGAUGAGGUAUUUGAAACUGUCAACUAUGAACUGCUUGGUGCUAAAGACAGAAGAAUACAUAGAAACACGGAGAAUAAACACUCAGCAGAUAAUGUAAAGGACUUUUGUUCUAAAAAGGAUUUAGAUCCGAUUGCUCGGCAGGUAUAUCUAGAUUGCCAGGAUUACCUCCUCCAUGGUACCAACAAAUCUCCAGUGCCAUCCCUGAUGCCAAAACCUUCGGAGAAAGAGGCCAAGAAAGUAGCAAAACCAACAGACAUGUCAAAAAGCCUUACUUCAGCUCUAGACACAAGCAUGGAUGUAGAUGAGGUUAAAAGUAAAGUAAAUGUGGCACCCCAAGGGCUGAGGACCAGAGAACGUCGAAACAGCUACAGGCAGGCAGUAAAUCCUGUCACACAUGGUGAACCCAAAACGCCAGAAGAAAAGAUGAGUGGAAAGUCGGAACCGAACCGAAGCAUCCACAAAUAUGAGACCAUUUGGUUUGAGAAUGGAAAGCACAUAACAAGGAAAAAUAACCCAAGUCCAAAUAGCCAACAACAAUUGCAUCAACAGGUUUCUAAAUCGGCAAGUGUCCCAGCAGAGAGAGAAGACCCACAACAGAGAGGCAGUUCAAGUGUUUAUAUGCAAGUUAAGACCCCAUCUACGGAAGAUCAUGGAUCUAAUUUUAACCAGAUGUCAAAUAAUAAAGAUUCUCUUUUUAAAGAAAAAUUGGAAGAGUUUCACACUCUCGUUAAUAGCAUUGAGUGGGAAAAGCCAGUGAGAAAGAGUGCUGCCUCUCCAAGGCUUUUGGAUGAUGAUGCAAACUCUAAAGGAUCUGGAAGUAAUAACAGCACCUUACAGUCCCAUUCUACAUCAUCAUCAUCCAGAGAUAGUGAACAUCAAGAGCCAAUUUAUGUCAAUACUCCACCUCUCUUACCUGUCUCUAGAACUUUGUCAUCCAGUAACAAAGGUCAGCUACCCCCAAAAGCUACCAGAAAUUGUGAUCCAAUCGAGUCAAGAUCACCACUACCUUUGCGCCAUAGUCGCACUGAAGGUAAAUUAGACAAUACGGACUCCAGAACUGGGCAGCAGUCACCAGUUAUUAAUACAAAUUCCUUAUAUGGUACCAUAGCAACCUCAACUGUAAGGCCUAAACCACCUGGGAGUAAUUCUUCUUCACCAUCUUUUCCAAACUUUUCUCAAAAUCAGGCAAAGCCACCAUCACCCUAUCAUAGUUUAGUGUCUACGGCCACUCUUCCAUCAAGAACAACAAUAUCUCCAACACCUUACCAUAAUAUACCCCCACCUAAAGGAUUUGGUAAUGGAACGUCCCCUGGUAAUUCUCCCAAUCCACUCCAUUCUCUACAGCAGAACAGAGAAAAUCAUGAACCUUUGUCAUCUUCACCAUAUUACAACAUGGCCAUGUUUACAAGUGGCAAACCCAAUCAAGGUUUUUCUCCUUAUACAUCGCCUCCACAAAUUUCAAAUGUGGUGCGUCAAAAUUUCCCUCACGGCCAACCUUCCAAAGCCCACAUCAUAGGAGAUAUUGCCAUAGUUGGAGAAGAAUCUGUGCGACUCAGGCGGCCUGGGUUAGCGCCACACCCUAGAACAGAUGUUGGAAGUGGGUGCAGUAGCAAUGACUCGAGAGGUUCUGAAGGAGCACCUAUUGCUCCUCCAAGAAUAAAGAGGAAUUCAACCGCUGGCUUACCCAGGCAUAGUGCCAUUGAGCCAUCAUCGCACAUGCACAGCGAUAGGCGUUGCUCAACAGAUGGUCCUGAAAACUACCGCCAAACCAUGAUAACAGCUAAACAGAGCUGGCCCCUUGGUGAUGAUGAGCCUCCACCAGCAGUGCCAGCCAAAACAGCAGCAGCAUAUCAGUACUCCGAUCCACCACCACCACCUCCCCACAACCACCCACCCAGCCCCCAUCACCUACCUCUCAAUCAUACACAUUCUCCUUACCUUCAGCCGCCGCCACCCAAACCUGUGCUUCAACAGCCUUCCUUGAUACAGCAACACCAGCAUCCACAGCAGGCAUCAACUCAGCCUAUGCAGAUAUCACCAUACCAGUCACCUCCUGUGCCACAGUCUUCUAAGAAACCACAGAAUCAAAAUUCUGCACUAGAGCAUCAUCACAGACCACCUAAACCCUUGAUAGAGACUGUUCAAGACCAGAAAAACUCUCCAUUGUCUGAUCAGAAUAAACAUACUGUGGCUGGGCAGAACAGGGCUGAGGAUGUAGUAGUCAGUGAGAGCAGUUCUGAAAGCUCCGAUGACGAGGGGAUCUUUCACAAAUUCUCUGCCCCAAAUAUCUUCAAGAAGUGGCGUUCCAAUUCAAACAAGCAGGCGAUUCCACAAGUACCUUCGUCUCCUAAAGCUACAAGCUCUCAUUUCUACACUUCAAGAGAAAUGAAGGAAGAAAAGGACAUGGAAAAGGACAACAUGAAAGGAGUAAAAGAUCAAAAAGAUAACACUGCAGUUUCGUCGCCAACCUCACCAAAACCCUUAGUGAAAGCAUUUGAAAGAUUAAAAUUCAACCCCAAAUCUGUAGCUGCCAAUUUCAAGUCUUAUUUGAGUCCACGUGGGGAUAAGAUUGAGGGUGAUAGUGGAGGAGGUGCUGAGGGCCAUCCAAAUGAAUCGCCAAGUGGCAAUUUUGUGAACUCACCUGGCACUGGCACUAGGAACAUCCAGAAGAGUGCCAGCUCUGGCCCCACCAUCACUGCCUUCUCACAAGUGGUACAAGAUUACAGUAAGUAAAUGGUGUAUAUAGCAUUCUGUA